AUGCCUUACUUUCUUAAAAUCAUGUUCUAUAACAGAUACUUAUUAUUAAAAUGUUUGAUGCAUUUUGUUGACAAUAACAAAAAAAGAAAAAUUCAGCCAAUCAUAGACUACUUCAAUGACAAAUUUUCGACUUUGUACUAUCCUUCCCAAGAAAUAGUUAUAGACGAAUCACUUUUAAAGUGGCACGGUAGACUGGGAUUCGCACAAAAAAUUACUUCUAAGGCUGCCCAAGUUGGCGUUAAAACAUACGAGUUAUGUGAGUCUUCCAGUGGUUACCUUUGGAAGUUUUUAGUCUAUGCUGGGAAGGAUGAGACCAAGACUGCGUAUACGACGACUAAUGUCGACACUGACGCUGAUAACUUAGAGGGCAGAUUAGAGGGCAGACCUGAGGAGACUGAAAUAACUGACAAAUCAACAAGUGACCACCCGACCAAUGCUAAAAUAGUUUACGACCUAGUAGAGCCUCUUCUUUACCGCGGGCAUACGUUAAUAAUGGAUAAUUUCUAUAAUAGUCCGUUAUUAGCGCGAUGUCUGAAACGACAAAAGACUGACUGUUAUGACACGCUAAGACUGAAUCGGGAAUUUGUUCCAGAUUCAUUGAAGACUGUCACGAAGACUGACCUUCGACAAGGUGAAGUGGUGUGUAGCUACAGUUCCGAUUUGUCGAUAUGUGUAUAG